CCCUCGGCCGAAUUUUCCGUCAAACCCGACUCCAUUUCUAGCAGCAAGAGCUACUGCUUGUGUGGUACUUACGCUUCUAAUCCAGAGUUAUCUACAGCUACAUCAACUUUUCGAUGGUGAACGCCGUGAAAGUCUUCAAGAAAACCGCCCCUAAUGGUAAAAUCACUGUGUACUUAGGUCGUCGUGACUUCGUGGAUAAUACCAGCUCCACUGAACCUGUGGAUGGUGUAGUAGUGGUCGACAAUGACUACCUCCAUGGCCGCAAGGUCUUCGCUACCGUUGCGGUCACGUACCGUUUCGGUCGCGAGGAGGACGAGGUUAUGGGGCUGCACUUCAGCAAGGAGCUGCAGUUGACCUGCCAAGAGAUCUUCCCUAACACCAAGAAGCUGAACCCCACCGAAGUACAGGAUAGGCUCCUCAAGAAACUGGGGGGCAAUGCCUACCCCUUCGCCGUUUCCCUCCCUGACAACGCUCCUUGUUCAGUCCAACUCCACCCCGGUUCCGAAGAAACGGCCAAACCCCUGGGAGUGAUCUACGAACUGAAGGUAUAUGUCGCGGAGUCUGAAGAAGAAAAGCCUCACAGGAGGAACUCCGUCACUUUGGCCGUGAGGAAGGUGCAGUACUCGCCCCUUGAGAUCAGCAAGAGGCAGCCUAGCACCCUCGUCAGCAAGAACUUCACCUUCUCCUCUGGUACCCUCACCAUGGAAGUGACACUUGACAAAGAAGUGUAUUACCAUGGGGAGCAGAUCACACCCAGUGUGGUCAUCACCAACAGCAGCAAGAAGACGGUCAAGGGCAUGAAGUGUUCCAUCGUGCAGCACGUUGAGGUCACCAUGACCAACAGUCAGUUCACCCGUGAGGUGGCCUCACUGCAGACCAACGAGGGCUGUCCCAUCCAGCCAGGUGGUCGCUUCCAGAAGACCUUCCACAUCACACCACUGGCUUCCAACAAGAGCAGGUUCGGCAUCGCCCUAGAUGGCAAGGUUAAGGACACUGACGCUAACCUGGCUUCAUCUACGGUGUUGCGGGAGGGCAAGGGUCCCAACGACGCUCUGGGUAUUGUGGUGUCUUACAGCGCCCGUGUGCGUCUUAAUUGCGGUGCCCUGGGCGGCGAGCUGGUGGCUGACCUCCCACUGAAGCUCAUGCACCCAGGCCCUGGCUCUGGCAAGAACGAGCAUGGGGACAUAGUCUUCGAGGACUUUGCCCGUCUGCGCCGUGGCGUAAGUGUUGACAACCAACUGUAAAUCUUGCCUCAUGUUCCGAUUGUCCACCUCGCCUCUAUUACUCCAUCAAUUGAUCUUCAGGCAACUCCACCAGACCUAAAACAACGCAGCUCUUCAACGGAUAUCGUUUACUAUCACAGAUAGCUCUACCGAACGAACGAAGAUAGCGGCUAUAUCUAUUUCCUUUGCAGAAAUUUAUCAGCGAAGUUUCCUCCUACAUUGCCUUUUUCUGAGCUUAACUCCCCUACUCGUCAAUAAUAAUAAAAAUUGUUGCUCCACUAUUAACAUCAAGAGUGAACAUCCCUUCGACUGGCCGUAUCUGAAACUCAAAUAGCAGCAUAAGAAAACAAAGUAGGUUUAUCUACCUCAAAAUUAAUACUUCAUUCGAACAAUAAACCCUCAAUAACUAUUCCCAAGAAUUUCACGAACAAAUCAGUGUUUCUUAUCAGGAAUUAUUGGCUGUAAUUUGUGUGCUUUAAUAAAUUUUAGACAUCAA